AUGGAUAGCCCAUGUGGCCCAUGUUUAUCUCGUGGCUCUCAAUGCAUCGACCAACGGGAUGAGACGUUGGACAAUGGAGGAAGUUCAAGGAUUCCGUUGAUCACCUUCUUGACGCUGCCGGGUGCAUGCGUAGGUAAUGUUGAUGAUCUCUUUACACACAUCACUGGAGAGGUACCAGGAUUCCCUGUAGAAGCAGACUCCAGGGCUCCAUUUGUGUCAAUGUUGAAUGCGGCUCAACCAGCUCCCUCUGCAUCCCGUUCCGGAGUACAGACAAAUGAGCCACAGCGCGCCAAUCGAGAACGGAUCAGAGUGCAGAAAUGCACUUCUUUGUCCAACUUAAUGCCUGAAUAUUCGAAUUUGAUGUCGGUUCUAUUAGCAAAUGGUGGAUGGUGGAGUAGUUUUCGUCAGAAAACUCGCGUCUUGUCCCAAAGCACAUACGUGGAACUUCAACAAUUUGCUACAGAAGCAUAUCAGAGCAAAAUUCCUGCUGAACUUGGCAUGCUUCUGAUAACAUAUGCCCGCAGCUCUGGCGAGAAUCAGCACCUGUACCGCGCUGUCGAAAGCAUACUAUUCUCAGAUUCGAGCCAUGCGUAUUCUUUAGGGGAUUUAGAGUGUCUGCUCUUGUUGGCGAAAGCCUACAGCGAUGUAGGAUUACCGCGGCAGGCUUGGCAUAUGUAUCGUAAGGGUAUAGCCAUCUCACAAGAAAUGGGAUUACACGACAGAGACAAACCUGCCAAACAAACUUCCAUUUGGUGGGCGUUCUACCAUGGCGAUCGCUUCAUGAGCAUGCUUCUUGGACUGCCAUAUGGUUUUAAUGACGCACACUUUGGUGCAGACACUGAGUCACUGAUUGCAGGGCCAGAAUUUCUGGACCAAAGAUUUGUCCUUCGGUGUGCUUUUGUUGCUGGUAAAGUAAUUGACCGCAACGUAGUACCUGUCCGGCCUUCCUCCACUUUUUCAAUGCUUCUGGACGAACAAAUGGAUGCUAUCGCUGCUUCUAUGCCUGAAAGCUGGUGGGAACUACCCACAGACCUGCCCGGUAGUGAGGAGGAAAUCGAAAGUCUAAGAAAUCGUCUCUUACAACAGUUUUACUUUUUGCACGUUAGGAUGGUACUCCAUCUCCCGUUCCUAUUCGGCUUGUCUGAAACGGCCCUGCAAAAGGUCCACGGACAUUCCUGCCUCGAAGCCUCAAGAUCAUUGCUGAAACGCUUCGUUUUGCUACGAUCCAUUGUGAAUGGCUCUAGCAUCUUUGAUUGCAAAACAAGUGAUUUUGUGGGCUUCAUGGGGGCUGUUGUUUUGACUGUUGGAUGGUCUCGCGACCUCUCGGGUGCCGCCGCAGCUCGAACACCUGCAGCGGAUGACAUUGUGUUGUUAGAAAGGGCUAGGAGCAUCUUUAGCCGAGAAGAGACAGAAAAGGGGUGCCGAAUUGCCGCCCAGUGUCGAAUGACGCUUGAACUGUUAUGCGAGUUCAAUGAUGGGAGAGACGGAGAGACGAGGCGAAAAAUCGCAAUUCCCUACUUUGGUAGCGUCAAAUGGGAACCUUCUUCUAGCAAGCCUGAACAGGGAGCGAUAUCUUUUCCUCAGAUUACUGAAAGGCCGGGGGCUUCAGAAGUUGAAGAAGUAUGGGAUCAAAAUCUUACGAUGCAGAACUCUGAAAGAAAUCUCGGCGAGGUGCAAGAUUUUGAUCACUUCAUGGGGAUGAACUGGACACUGGAUGUGUUGGAAGAUUUGUCGGAGGGAGAUUUUAUUUUCCCGAUAAAUGUAUCCGACAUCAAUCGAGAUUGGAGCACUGCAUGGGACACUGGAUGGACGAUGUGA